AUGUCUUGUUAUAUUAUUAAAGAACAUACAGAACUUGUAAAAAUUUAUUUUAAGGAAAAUUCAUUUAAAAAAACUGCUAAUAUCUUUCAUAUGAAAUAUCCCAAUAAAUCUAAACCUGCUUUAGCAACUAUUUAUAAUCUUGUAAAUAAAUUUACUAGAACAGGAAAUGUUGUAAAUAAUCAUUGUUCUGGUCAUCUAAUAAGUGCAACUAAUUAUGAUAAACAAGAGUUUCAACUUCACCAAGAGCUUCUUGAUAUCGAUCCUAAUUUACAACUUGAAUUUUGUAAUAGAUUAAUAACACUUAUUAUAAAUGAUGAAACUUUUAUCUCUCAAAAUUUAAAUAGACCUAAGUAUUUGAAAAUGUUACAGAAUAUUAUUAUCCUAGAGUUGAAUAAUUUGUUUCCUGAAACUAAAGUUAUUUUUCAACAAGAUGGAGCACCUGCUUAUUUUAGCAAGGAUGUUUGUAAAUAUCUUGAUGAAACAUUUUCUAAUUGGUGA